AUAAAUGACCCCCAGGCCCCAACUUAUUCAUUUUAGAUCGAAAUCAACGGUCAGGAUCUCCCGCGACAAAGACAGUCCACCGCCGUCAUCAUCACCGUCCAUCUCUAAUCGUACGGUGAUUCUUCAACUCGUUUUGAAUUUUACCAAAAACUAAAGCCCCACGCGUUCCAGUCACCGUCUCCAAAAUAUAUAUGUACUCUUUUGGCUUUUUGUUUCUAUUUCUAUUGUUUUAGUCUUAUCGUGCUCCGCCGAUGAAGCGCAAGCGAGAGCGGAGCAUCUGACCGUCCGAUGAGGAUUUCGCUCACCGCUGCGGUGACCGUAGCCGCUGUUCUCAUCUUCGUCUUCUCCGGCGCUGACGCACUCGGCUCCGCCGCCACGCUUGCUAUCAGCUCCGGCACCGUUUGCGGCGUCCUCUCCGGCGCUUCACCGAACUCCAUUCGCUGUUCUCGCGUGUCUAUUGAGUCGGAAGCCUCAUCGUCCUUCCCUCUCUUCCCUAACGUCUCCUUCUCCUCCGUCUCCGGCGGCCGGAGCUUCCUCUGCGGCCUCCGCGCCGGCGGCCGCAACAUUCUCUGCUGGCCCAGCACUGGAAACACCUCAGCGACUCCGCCUGUGAAGCGGGUCUACAACGGAGCCGCCGUCACCGAUCUCACCAUCGGCGAUGACCAGAUCGCCGCCGUUGGCGGGAACGGCACCGGGGUCUUAUUCUGGCGCGGCGAUAGCUCUUUCCACCGGAAUAGCACUGGGACAUUCCGAUCCCUGACCUCCGGCCGGGGCUUCUCCUGCGCUAUCGACUCCAACGACGCCGUCCAAUGCUGGGGCAACCUCGGGACUAAAAUCAAGGCCGAGUUCCUAAACAUCUCAAUGUCUCUCAUCGUCGCCGGCGACGCCCACGUCUGCGGCUUCACAGUCACCGGCGAUCUUAUCUGCAAAGGCAGCAACGUCUCCGGUCAACUCAACGCGCCGCCGACCGGAACUCCCUUCGAGUUCACCAGUCUCGCUCUCGGCGUCAGUCACAGCUGCGCGAUUCGCCGGAACACCAGCACGGUGAUUUGCUGGGGCGGCGGUGCUUAUCGUUCGAUAGGUAACACAACGUUGGAGUUCAUCGUCGCCGGAGGCAAUCUCACCUGCGGAGUUGUUUCAGCUAAUUUGUCAGUCGUUUGUUGGAUAUUCAACCAGAGAUCAACCAAUCUUGCCCUAAUUCAAUUGCCUUCAAUCCUCCCCGGCAUUUGCGUCGCCGAUGAGAGCUCGUGUCGUUGUGGGACGAACACUGACUCUCAAUCCCUGUGUUCCGGCACCGGAUUCAUCUGCAACUUUUGCCCCAAUUCGCAAAACCCUUCUCCUCCGCCACCGCCACCGCCACCGCCACCACCACCACCGUCAUCAGGGAAGAAGAGCAAAUGGAACUACGUAUUCCUCAUCAUCGGAGCUAUCGGCGGCUUCGCUGGCAUUUGCACCAUCGCUUAUUGGAUAAUCACGCGCGUUUGCCGCCGAAAAAAGGUACACAACUCCGUCCAACCCACCAUCGCCGGCGCAGCCACCGCCAUCCCCGCCGUGCCGAGUCCACACACGUCUCCAUCAGGUUCACGAUCAAACAUUUUCAUACGUCAAGCAUCAAGAGUGAUACGCCGUCAACGCAGCGGCCCAUCAUCGAUCAAAGACCGGCCAGAGCCAUUCACAUUGGCGGAGCUCGCAGCUGCAACAAAGAACUUCUCACUGGAAAACAAGAUCGGCUCCGGCAGCUUCGGCACCGUCUACAUAGGCAAGCUCUCCGACGGCCGCGAAGUCGCAAUCAAACGCAGUGAAUCCAGCCCCAGAACCAAGAAAUUCCAAGAAAAAGAAACAGCAUUCCAAUCCGAGAUCGCCUUCCUCUCCAGACUCAAUCACAAACACCUCGUCGGCCUCGUCGGCUACUGCGAAGACAAAGAAGAAAGACUCCUCGUCUACGAGUACAUGAAGAACGGAGCUCUCCACGAUCAUCUCCACAAAUCCGAGAUCCAGUCCGAGAUGUUUAACUCUUGGAAAAUGAGAAUCAAAGUGUUGCUAGACGCGUCGAGAGGGAUUGAGUACCUUCAUAGCUACGCCGUGCCGCCGAUCAUCCACCGUGACAUCAAAUCAUCGAACAUCUUGUUGGACGGGAACUGGGUCGCUAAGGUAUCGGAUUUCGGGCUCUCGUUGAUGGGGCCGGAGACGGAGGGGGAGCACUUGGAGAUGAAGGCGGCGGGGACGGUGGGGUAUAUGGAUCCAGAGUACUACGGGCUUCACCAUUUGACGGUGAAGAGCGAUGUGUAUGGAUUCGGGGUGGUGAUGCUCGAGGUUUUGACGGGGAAGAGGGCGAUCUUCAAGGCUGGUGAAGGAGGGGGGAGUCCGACAAGCGUCGUUGACUAUGCAUUGCCGAGCAUCGCCGCCGGUGAGGUGGAGAGAGUGCUGGAUGAUAGAGUGGCAGCACCGAAUGGGCAGGAAGCGGAGGCGGUGGAGCUGGUGGCGUACACGGCGGUGCAUUGCGUGAGCUUGGAAGGGAGAGAGAGGCCGACGAUGAGUGACAUCAUUGCGAAUCUUGAGAGUGCGCUGGCGAUGUGUGAAGGUAGCCACGUCAGCAUCUCUAGUGCUAGUGCUCGCUCUUGUUCGGACUGAGUUUUUAAAAAUUAAUUUUUUUUUUUUAUAAAAAUAUGAUUUUUUUUUUUGGGUGUGAAUUUGGGAUUUUUGGAAAGGUGAUUGGGAAAUUGAUUUUUUGGGAUAAUGGAAUGUGUUGGAAUGGGAGGGGACUGGGGGAGUUUGGGAGCAUGUGG